AGCCUACGCCGGAAGAAGUCACAUCACUACAAAAGAAGUCUGUUGUAGAAAAUACACAUCGGUCUACUUUGAAUUGGACAAGUCAGUUUGAAAAAUAUCGCAAAGAUACUAACCUUCCUGGUGAACUAUCUGAUAUUUCAAAUCCAAAGCAACUUGAAGAAGAGCUCUGUAAAUACUUUACCGUGUGUCGUAAAGCCAAUGGUGAUGAAUAUUCUGUCGCAUCCCUCCAAUCUGCAAUCAAUGCAUUUAAUCGAUACUUUAAUGGUGAAACAACGGAGACAUUCUCUAUUCCACCAAUUUUCGAUAUUGUUGAAUCGUAUGAUACAUAUAUAGCCAAACGUCCAAUUGAUGCUGAUCCUCAAUUUUAUCUUCACCCUAUAAAAAAAAAUCAUGGCAA